GCGGCGCACGCGAAGGGGCUGCUCGGGCGCCGCGCCGGUGGCUGCGGCGGGGACGCGUCCUGCUCCGACCGGCGGACCCGACGCCUGCGGGAAGCGCGCCGCCGAGCCGCGCCGCGCCGCGCCGCACCGCACCGGCCGGGGGCGUCGAGCCUGCGGCUGACCCGGCGCCACCAUGACGCUCAAGUCGGGCCGGAGCGACAGCGUGAGCAGCAUGAGGACGGCGCUCUCCGACCUGUACCUGGAGCACCUGCUGCAGAACAGGCCCAAGGCCGAGGCUGCCCCGUGCUCAGUGAAUGCAGUGACGGAGGACAUUUACACCAACGGCUCGGCCACACUGGGCUCCCCGGCCCACGCAAAUGGCCGGGAGGUGCGGAAAAUGAGGUUCAUCCAGUUUGAGAAGGUCACAGAGGAGCCCAUGGGCAUUACGCUGAAGCUGAAUGAGAAGAAGAGCUGCAUGGUGGCCAGGAUCCUCCACGGGGGCAUGAUUCACAGGCAAGGCUCCCUUCACGUGGGGGAUGAGAUCCUAGAAAUCAAUGGGAAAAGUGUUGCCAACCACUCUGUAGACCAGCUGCAGAAGAUACUGAAAGAAACCAAGGGAACGGUCUCCCUAAAGGUCAUUCCCAACCAGCAGAGCCGCAUUCCCGCACUCCAGAUGUUCAUGAGAGCCCAGUUUGACUACAACCCGCAGAAGGACAACCUGAUCCCUUGCAAGGAAGCCGGGCUGCAGUUUCGGACCGGGGAUGUCAUCGAGAUCAUCAACAAGGAUGACAGCAACUGGUGGCAAGGCCGGGUGGAGGGCUCCCCCAACGGAUCCGCAGGGCUCAUCCCCUCCCUGGAGCUGCAGGAGUGGCGCGUUGCAAGCAUGACCCAGGGCAACCCCAGCGAGAACCAGAGCUGCAGCCCGUUCGGAAAGAAGAAGAAAUGCAAAGACAAGUACCUGGCGAAGCACAGCUCAAUUUUUGACCAGUUGGAUGUGGUGUCUUAUGAGGAGGUUGUGAGGCUGCCGGCUUUCAAGAGAAAGACCCUGGUGCUUAUAGGAGCCAGCGGCGUUGGCCGAAGCCACAUGAAGAACACGCUGCUCAGCAAGAACCCUGAGAAAUUUGGAUACCCCAUUCCAUACACCACCCGGCCCCAGAAGAAAAAUGAAGUGGAUGGGAAAGACUACCAUUUUGUCUCCACAGAAGAAAUGACCAGAGACAUCGCUGCCAAUGAAUUCCUGGAGUUCGGGAGUUAUCAGGGCAAUAUGUUCGGCACCAAGUUUGAGACUGUGUGCAAGAUUCACCAACAGGACAAGGUUGCCAUAUUGGACAUUGAGCCACAGACUCUGAAGAUCAUUCAUACUGCUGAGUUCUCCCCUUUCAUUGUGUUCGUUGCUCCCCCGGACAAGGCUGAUCAGUCAGAAACUUUGCAGCAGAUUCAGAAGGAUUCAGAGCUCAUCCGGAACCGGUACGCCCACUACUUUGACCUUUCGCUGGUGAACAACGGUGUUGACGAGAGCCUCAAGCAGCUCCAGGAAGCCUUUGAGCGUGCCUGCAGCUCUCCGCAGUGGGUGCCUGUCUCCUGGGUAUACUGAGCUGGCCUGGUGCUGGUGGAAGCAACGCCCAGAACUCCCCUCAAUUCCGCAUGCUGAGGAAACAAAAGGCCAUGCCUUUCCCUGCUCAUCCAGCACACAAGCCCUCUGCCCUUUUCCUUAGAACAGCUGUUGCUCUGUUGCCGGGAUAAGAGUCCUACACUUCCACCUGCACACACAAGAAAAUGUGUUUGGGCCUGCAUUCAUUGUCUGAUAGCCCACAGGCUUGCACAUUUUGGCAGUGAGGCAGCGAAUAAGGAUCACUGCUGUGAGGCUUAGGACAGCGUCACAAGCGAGCAUAAUAGCACCUUCUAGGUGAAAGCCAUAAACUCUGAAUGUUGAAAAGGGGGCACUGAGCUCUUCCAAUGCUAUUCUCAGAUUAGGUUUAAGAAAAUCAUUUCUUUGCAUCCCUUGGAACAAGGGCGGUCUUAUCUUGUGACCUCUCCUUUUAACCCAGUUCAUGUUACACAUGAAGGGAUGCGGCUCUGGGAGUUACACCCGCUUUUCCUGUUGUAGAAGGGACAGGCACAGAGCAAAGAGCAGCCCCAAUUCCAUGUGUGAAAGGAUCACAUUUUAAAGGCUACAGACAUUUGAGCUCAGAGACAGAAAAGGGUGUGGCUGUGAAGAAGCCAGGGAACCAGCUACCUAGUUUUAAAAGCAGGGGCAGAUGAUGCCCGGAAGAAACCAUCCAUAAUCAAGAUACUGCUUGACUUUUCAAACAUCCAUGUUGUAUGCCAGAAUCUUGGCAUAUUUGCACAAGUUAGGGUAGCUCUGCUGGCAAGAUGCAAGAAUGCCUCACCAGGAUGACUUUAAAUCUUUCCCUCUGUCCACAAGCACAACUCUGGAGGGUAUUCCUCAAAUAACUAUCCAUAUCCAACACAAUGUCAUUAUGAGUAACUAGCAGCAACAACUGGAGCAGCAAACCUGCCAAGGAAUUCAAAAAAAGCCUCAAGUUUUUGAGGAUACCACCAUAAGCGUCAAUGGUGUGCAAUAGGAACCACUGGUUGAGUCCAUACAGGGAAAACAACCAGCAGCAAUAAAGUGUGUUAAAAUAC